CAUGCUAACGGAGUUUCCAUUCAUGAUUAGCAUUACAGCUAAUCAUCAGCUGAAUAUCAGCAGGCAGAAAGACAGAGGAAAUGUUAUAAAAUAUGUUAUAAAAAUGGUUAAGGCUGGAAAAAUGUCCUCAACAGCAUUAAAGAGAAAUAAGAGAAUGAGAUGAAUGAUAGUUCUAUCUACUGUAAUGGAGUGUAAUGUCCAGGAGUCUGUGUGUUUCAGGGCUUUAGAAACUCUUUACAGAGAAGAAACACUCAGAUGUCUUUGUUUUCCAGACCGCAGGAGUGAAGAAGAGAAGAAAGCCGAGGAGACGGAGCUCUUCACUAAGUUUUAUACUGAAUGGAAGGGAGGAGGGAGUAAAGACGGGACUUUUAAACACAUCCCACGCUUCUACUACAGACUUCCUGCAGAAGAUGAAGUGCUGCUACAGAAACUGCGAGAGGAGUCGAGAGCCGUGUUUCUACAGAGGAAAAGCCGCGAGCUUCUCGACAACGAAGAGUUACAGAACCUGUGGUUUCUCCUCGAUAAGCAUCAGGUGCCUCCUACGAGCGGUGACGAAGCUAUGAUCAGCUACGAGAGCUUCCUGAAGGUCGGAGAGAAAGCAGGAGAAAAGUGCAAACUGUUCUUCACUGCCAGAGUGUAUGCCAAGCUGCUCCAUAACGACCCAUACGGACGCAUCUCCAUCAUGCAGUUCUUUAAUUACGUCAUGAGAAAAGUGUGGCUUCACCAGACGAGGAUCGGGCUGAGUCUGUACGACGUGGCAGGACAGGGAUUUCUCCGUGAGUCUGAUUUGGAGAACUACAUCCUGGAGCUGAUCCCCACUCUGCCUCAGCUGGAUGGUUUAGAGAAAUCCUUCUACUCUUUUUACGUCUGUACCGCCGUGCGCAAGUUCUUCUUCUUCCUCGAUCCUCUUCGCACGGGUAAAAUUAAAAUUCAGGACAUCCUGGCUUGCAGUUUUCUGGAUGACCUGCUUGAGCUCCGAGAUGAGGAACUGUCCAAAGAGAGUCAGGAGUCCAACUGGUUCUCCGCUCCGUCUGCCCUGCGUGUUUAUGGUCAGUACCUGAACCUAGAUAAGGAUCAUAACGGGAUGCUGAGUAAAGAGGAACUGUCUCGCUACGGCACAGGAACAUUAACCAGCGUCUUCCUGGACCGUGUUUAUCAGGAGUGUCUCACCUAUGAUGGGGAAAUGGACUAUAAGACAUACCUGGACUUUGUCCUCGCUCUGGAGAACAGAAAGGAGCCGGCAGCGCUGCAAUACAUCUUCAAGCUCCUGGACAUUGAGAACAGGGGCUUCCUCAACGUCUUUACUCUCAACUACUUCUUCAGGGCUAUUCAGGAGCAGAUGAAAAUUCAUGGUCAGGAGCCCGUGUCUUUUCAGGAUGUCAAGGACGAGAUCUUCGACAUGGUGAAGCCCAGAGAUCCGUAUAAGAUCACGCUGCAGGAUCUGGUGAACAGCGGUCAGGGCGACACAGUCACCAGCAUCCUCAUCGACCUCAACGGCUUCUGGACCUACGAGAACAGAGAGGUUCUGGUCACCACCGAGGAGAGCAGCGCCAUCGACCUAGACGACACGUGACCACAACACACACAGAGAUGCCUAGGUGUAGUGUCCGAGUCUCUAGGUUUCACCAGUACUAGUGUCAAUGCUGGAAUUAUUGGCACCCUCACUACUGUGUGUGUGUUAGAUAUGUUUUUUUCAUGUUAUAUACCCAUCUUUACUAAGGAUAAUAAUUCUAGAGGAAGGUGUAAACAAUUAACUUUAGUUAAUUUUUAAAUGAAAGAUUUAUUACUCAGGAUGUUUCAAUAGUUUAUUAAAGUGAGUCACAUUAUGUACAGUUUUAUUUAAACAAGUUUAUCGUGAGUGAGUGAGAGAAAGAGAGAGAGAUGUAAAGGAACUGUACAGAAAUAAAUGAUACAGUUUUUCAAAGUUGUGAUUGAUGUAAACAGAUUAAAGCAAUUUCCUCAUUUUUA